CCAAGACGUCGUUUUUGCGAAGAGGAGAGGCCAAGGACCAGGAGCAAAACCAAAAGAAGACCAGAGUUACUUAGAAAGUUAUGACCUAUAUCUAAAAAGUGGAGGCUACUUUACAGAUAACAGUCAAGGAGUCUUUAGUGAAGUGGAUUUCAGUUUACUUUCUAGGAGCUGUCCCCACUGGGAGGCAAAUUAAUCAGGACACGCAGGACAGCUAACUGUGUAAGUCUGCAGGCUAUUGAUAUUCAGCUUGUUCUCUAGGCAUUUAACACUCUCUGACCUUUGUCUGGAUUGUAAGCCAGGAUGCCCUCCAAUGGCAGUAAAGCCCUCAAGCUACAGUUUGGGCUUAUUAACCACGAAAACCGCUAUCUAACUGCGGAGGCCUUUGGCUUCAAGGUAAAUGCUUCAGCUCCGAGUCUCAAGAAGAAGCAGAUUUGGACUUUGGAGCAAGACGAGCAAGAUGGUCAGGUGGUUUACCUGCGCAGUCACCUGGGUCGCUACCUGGCUUCCGAAAAAGAUGGCAAAGUGAGCUGUGAGGCUGAGACGAAAGAUAAUGACUGUCGCUUUCUGAUUGUGGCACAGUCAGAUGGUCGUUGGGCCCUGCAGUCCGAGACACAUCUCCGUUUCUUUGGAGGUUCAGAGGACUACAUCUCCUGCUUUGCUCAGACCAUUGGUGAGGCAGAACUUUGGGCCAUGCAUCUGGCCCUGCACCCACAGGCCAAUCUGCUCAGUGUGGCCCGCAAACGCUAUGCCCACCUGGCAUCCCCUGAGGGAGAGAUUGCUGUGGACAGCAACAUCCCAUGGGGUGUGGAUGCUCUUCUAACUCUUGUGUACAUGGAUGGAAAAUAUUGUCUUAAGACUAGUGACAGUCGUUUCUUGAGCAAUGAUGGGAAGCUGUCCUCUGAGAAUGGCCGUGGGACAGGUUACACCUUGGAACUAAAGUCAGGCAAGCUGGCCUUCAAGGACUGUGAGGGGAAGUAUUUGACCCCAAUGGGGCCCUCUGGAACCUUGCGUUCCGGACGCUGCUCCAAACCCGGCAAGGAUGAGCUGUUUGAUCUUGAGGAGAGCCAUCCACAAGUGGUGUUUCAGGCUGCCAACAACAGAUUUGUCUCCAUCCGACAGGGUGUGAGUAUCUCAGCCAAUCAGGAUGAUGAGACAGACUUGGAGACAUUUCAAAUGGAAAUUGAUAAAGACACGAGAAAGUGCAAAUUUAGAACUAAUGAAGGGAAUUACUGGAUGCUUGUUGCUCAUGGAGGCAUCCAGUCAACAGCCACAGAAGCCGGUGCCAACACCAUGUUUGACAUAGUGUGGCUUGGUCGGCGGGUGGCACUGCGAGCCAGCAAUGGAAAAUAUGUAUGCACAAAGAAAAAUGGCCAGCUUGCAGCAGUCAGUGACAGUGUGGGUGAGGAUGAGCAGCUGGUUCUAAAACUGAUCAAUCGGCCCAUAUUGAUCCUGAGAGGAGAGAAUGGCUAUGUAUGUCACCACAAGAACUCAAAUACACUGGAUGCCAAUCGUUCAGUUUAUGACAUAUUUACGCUGUAUUUCAAUGAUGGUGCAUACCACAUUAAAGGUGCAGGUGGAAAGUUCUGGUAUGUGUCCAACAGUGGAUUGGUGUGCUCUGAUGGCGACAUACCUGAAGAUUUCAGCUUUGAAUUCCUGGAGCAUGGACGGAUAGCUAUAAGGGGCAAAAAUGGCAAAUAUCUACGAGGAGACCAAGGCGGCAACCUGAAAGGAGAUGGAGAAAAUGCAGACAGCUCUUCCCUCUGGGAAUACUGACACCUUGUGGACAUUUAAGGAACUGCCAAUCACCCGGGUUAAACUCUUGGAUUUACAAUUGUGAGGCAACAAAUUGGUACAAUUGAGUUCUAACGUUUGGAAAUCUUUUGAUGUAGUCAGUAUUCAGCAUUACACAUGUACUCUUACCAUUUCUGGAUUAUAUGCUUAUACAAAAUGAGCUUGUAGGAAAAGAAAUGCACACACAUGACAAGAACUGCAUCUUUACCAUAUCAGCUCACUGUUACUCACUAUAAACUGCAGCUGUGCUGCAAAACAGGUCUCUGGCAUUGCUAUGGACCUUUUUCCCCCACAUAAUUUGAUGACAUAUUUCUGCUUUAAUUGAGCAGGGUAAAUCUUGCAACCUUUUUUUCCUCUUUCUCUUAA